CUUCAGACUCCGAGUUGGUGGCUGAUGGAGAAUGAGGGUGAUGAAGUGGUAUUUCAAAAUGCUUUUCAAGCUCGGAGUGCAAGUGCACCUGCAGGACCUAGUGAAAGCUCUCAUGCAGGACCUAGUGGAAGCUCUCAUGCUAUGUCACAAGUGGAAGAAGACUAUUUCGAUGACAAUUCUGAUGAGAAUGAUGAGACUUAUGUGGAUGUAGAGCCUGAUGAGGAGGAGUGAUAAUGGUAGUAGUGUUUAUCUUGUAUGGUGGAUGAACUUUGAUUUUACAUGGAUGUUAUCAUUCGAGAAUUGUAAAACUAAUGUGUUUAAUUACGAGUUGAAGAUAAUCUCAUCUAUGAUUGUCGGUGAUUUUAUGUUGAACAAAAUUAUUUAUAAUUUUG